CCUGGCUUAGGAGGCCAGUGCCUUAUCCAUUAGGCCACUGGGGCAGCUGCAGAUAACAGUGGGCCAAUGUGCACAAGUCAGUGUUAAGUGCGUUUACACUGUAAUCCUUUUUAAGUCAUUUAUCUAUGGACAGGAAUAACAGACUUUAUGUGAAGUAAAACCAGGGAAUCAUGAAAAUGAUCAGUGCCUACCCAAUAAAACUGCAGAUUGUUUUCACACUGUUCUCAUUCGGCAAGUUAAGAGAACACAUGAUUGAAAACAAAAUGGUUGUAAAUAAGUAAUAGCACAAUAGCACAAGAUGUAAACUAGGUAGCUAAUGUACACCUCAGUAUAGACAGAAGUGGUUGUUUAAAUAUUUAGAAAUCAUGGAACAGUCACAUUCAUGCAGUAGACAAUUAAAAGCUGGAAAUAAAGUCAUAAUUUUACUCUUUCUAUGUCUGUCUUUUGUGAUGCCUGAAGACAUUGAUAUUUGAUAUGUGAUUCUACUGUUUCAUCCACUGCUCUUGUGUGAUUUUGAACCACUGUCCAUCAUUAGACAAGUCUGUAAGUGUCAAUUUACUACUAGUAAAUAAACCCUUAAAAUAAAUUUUGCUUUUCAUAUCAUUGUCCUCUUUUAAUUGUUUUACAUUUUCCAUUCUUUCCAUUCAAAUGUUGUAAUAAUCACAGACCGUAAGGUGAUGCUGCAUAACUUCUUCUGUACCACAGCACCAUCUGGUGGCGACCAAAAGAACAAUCGCAGUCUGAGUUAAAGUCUACCUGUAAUAGAUCUGUAACAUUAUAUUACCCUGUAUAUAAUAAUAGUUUCAUUUAUUGUGUAGCCUAAUAGAAAUAUCAUUAAGAAGUAAGGUACAUACAGCUACUAUUCAUUUGAUAAAAUUUAGUUGAAUAACUUUAAUGACAUUUAUUUCAUGGCCAUUUAAUGCUACAUGACUCCGAAUAGGUCUAACAGUACACGACACACCCACUUGGUUAGGUUUAGGCAUGAGCAGUGGGAUUAGGGUUAGGGGCCAGGGGGGUGUAUCAUGUAGUAAAGUGGGUGUGUCGUGUACACAUCCAUGCUCGUGUUUCUCAAUGACUAUGUUAAGCACCUGCGAGCUACACACCAGCUCUUCUCCAUCUGUGCACGUCAGCUAACAGAUUCAUAAACCUGGAUGAGUUUGUUUCACCUCUUAAGCACAGACUUGAAACUAUUAAGUUCCUGUUUUUCUAAGCUGCUGGUGAAUGGUCUCGAUUAAUUGAAGAUGCAGAUUUUUGUGAAAACACUGAUGGGUUAAACCAUUACCCUGGAGGUGGAGCCCAGUGACACUAUCGAGAAUGUCAAAGCCAAAAUCCAAGACAAAGAAGGUAUCCCCCCCUGAUCAGCAGCACCUCAUCUUUGCUGGCAAACAGCUUGAGGAUGGACGCACCUUGUCGGAUUAUAACAUCCAGAAGGAGUCCACUCUCCAUCUGGUCCUGCGUCUCAGAGGGGGCAUAAUUGAGCCUUCUCUAAGACAGCUGGCUCAAAAGUACAACUGUGACAAGAUGGUCUGCUGCAAUUAUGUAUACAAAUCUGGUGCUACACACGCUUGCAUCCACGCGAUGUCAACUGCCGCAAGAAGAACUGCGGACACACCGAUAACAUUAGACCCAAGAAGAAGCUGAAGUAGACAGCUGGAAUCAAUGAUCAAUAUUGUCAAACACUUUGACAAGCAAGACAGAUAAUAGUUGGUUUCUUUUUACAGUUGUCUUCAGAAUAUUUAUUUGUAAUAUUUUUUUAUUUCUAGUUGUCAGCUAAUUUGUAGUCUAGUUUAAACAUGAUUUUUUUCCUCUCACAUCAUAAAACUGAAUGAUGUGAUUGGACCUCAUUUGGAAAUGUAUCAAAUGUAAAAGUCUGGAGGCCUCAUUCAUAAAGAAGUGAUUAUAAUA